CCAAUUUCUCAGGCGGCGCCAUUAGGUUUUCAGGCUUCUCUCUGAUACACAUAUACUACAUAUAUACAUCAGAUUUGUUUUAUAAACUGCAAAAUAUUUCAAGAUGUCAAUCGAGAUUGAGUCUGCCGAUGUGAUCCGUUUGAUACAACAAUAUCUUAAGGAAGCAAAUCUCGUGAAGACAUUGCAAACUUUACAGGAGGAAACAGGUGUAUCGCUGAAUACUGUUGACAGCGUAGAUGGAUUUGUUGCUGAUAUAAAUAAUGGCCAUUGGGACACAGUUUUGAAAGCUAUACAGUCUUUAAAACUACCUGAUAAGAAACUUAUAGACUUGUAUGAACAGGUGGUUCUAGAAUUAAUUGAACUACGGGAACUAGGUGCAGCACGAUCUUUAUUAAGGCAGACUGAUCCCAUGAUUAUGAUGAAGCAACAAGAGCCUGAGAGAUAUAUUCACUUAGAAAAUCUACUUGCACGUUCAUAUUUUGAUCCACGUGAAGCGUAUCCCGAUGGAAGUACAAAAGAAAAGCGAAGAGCUUAUAUAGCUACUGCUCUCGCUGGUGAAGUAUCAGUAGUACCUUCUAGCAGAUUGCUUGCUCUAUUGGGACAAGCAUUGAAAUGGCAACAACAUCAAGGUCUGUUGCCUCCAGGUACUACAAUAGACUUAUUUCGCGGAAAAGCGGCAGUUCGAGAUCAGGAGGAUGAAAAAUAUCCGACACAGUUGUCAAAACAAAUCAAAUUCGGUCAAAAGUCACAUGUGGAGUGUGCGCGUUUUUCGCCUGACGGUCAGUUCUUGGUGACUGGUUCGGUAGAUGGUUUUAUUGAAGUAUGGAACUUUACAACUGGUAAAAUUAGAAAGGAUUUAAAAUAUCAAGCACAAGACAAUUUUAUGAUGAUGGAACAAGCAGUGUUGUCAAUGUCAUUUAGUCGUGACAGCGAGAUGCUGGCGGGCGGUGGUCAAGACGGUAAAAUUAAAGUCUGGAAAGUGCAAAACGGACAGUGUGCGAGAAGAUUCGAAAAGGCACAUUCAAAAGGUGUGACCUGCUUGCAAUUCAGCAGAGAUAACAGUCAAAUUUUAUCGGCUUCGUUUGACACUACCGUAAGAAUACAUGGUCUUAAAUCUGGAAAAACUCUCAAAGAAUUUCGUGGUCAUACUUCAUUUGUUAAUGAAGUCGUCUUUUCUCCUGAUGGCCAUAAUAUAAUCAGUGCAUCAUCAGAUGGAACUGUGAAAAUUUGGAGUUUGAAGACUACUGAAUGCAUAGGAACUUACAAAUCAUUGGGAGCUGCUGAUCUCACAGUAAACAGCAUACAUCCCCUUCCUCGAAAUCCAGAACACUUUGUUGUAUGCAAUCGUUCUAAUACGGUAGUAAUUAUGAAUAUGCAAGGGCAAAUAGUAAGAUCGUUUUCAAGUGGUAAACGAGAGGGAGGUGAUUUUGUAUGUACGGUAGUGAGCCCGCGUGGCGAAUUUAUCUAUUGUGUUGGUGAGGAUCUCGUACUAUAUUGUUUCUCCACGUCAUCAGGAAAACUCGAAAGAACUCUCAAUAUACAUGAAAAGGAUGUGAUUGGUCUGGCACAUCAUCCUCAUCAAAAUCUGUUAUGUUCUUAUAGCGAAGAUGGACUAUUGAAAUUAUGGAAGCCAUAAAAGAAUCAAGAAACUCGCCUCUUUUUUAUUUAAACAUAGAAAACAAGCAGACUACAUGUUUUUAUAUAUCGUAAUACAACAAUCUUGAAAAUGGUUAUGCUGCAAAGUGAGAAUUUGUGCGAUCUACUAAUUCAUCUGUUCUUUCAUCAUAACGCUGUCAUGUCAGGUAAUCGAAAAAAAAUAUAUAUAUAUUGUAUAUACUUAAUUUUAACAUCUGAACAGAAAAGCAAAGACAACACUGAUUAUUAAGAUUUCCGCUUUUUGGUUUUGUUAUAAUGAGAAGAGAAAAAGACUCGAAAGAUUUUUCAUGGAAAUAUCGUCGAUAUCGCUGAUGCAUUGAACGUAACACAUUCUCCGCGAGCAAUAAUAGACAUCACGUUCGCCUGUAUCUGAUCAUGCGAACCUAAUCGUUACAACGUCGCCGACGUUAGUCGAGGCAGGUAGAUAGGAUAUGGGGUAGGUGGUUGAUCGACUCGUUCGGGACUAACAAGUGCGUCUCUCUUUUCGUACCUAUCCCGCUAUAUAUCCCUCGUCACGUAGCGCGGGCCCUUGACUGGCGCGCGCUUGAACGUAAUUGGGUCCGAGCAAAUAAGCAAUCACUAUAUUUCGGCUCGGCAAAUAUUAUAAUAACAGACCGGGGUGGGGUUAACCGGGUUAUCGGUCGUACGAUCGGUGGUCGGCUCAGGCGUCUUAGACAGCGCCAAAACCAGCACCGAUCUGCUGCUUCUUUUUGCGCGCGUCUGCUUAUAGCCGUUUACCGCGAAAACGCCCUUCGUUAAUAUCUUUAUAAAACCCUACGCGCGGAGAGAAGAGAAAAUUCGUAUCCGGUCGAGGGAUGACGAUCAAUCAAAUCGAUAUACAAAAUUAAUCAAACAAUUUUAUGUGAAGCGGAAUUUUCUUUACUCAAUAUCAUAUAUAUUCUGUUUUUGGUAUUUUUGAUUCGUCUUAUCACGCGUUGCAGUUGAAUAAUUCUAAAUC